AUGACGCUCAGUAUCUCGAUUGAUCCAGACCCGCACGGCUCGGAUCACUCUUUGUCCGACGAGGACUCUGGUGUACAUGUUUCGAUACCUUCGGAGGGAAGCCAUGACUACCCGGACUAUGAUGAGUGGGCGCAUUUGCCUUAUCCGCAUGAAUUGAACCCGUCUGAUUCAGCCUCCCGACCAAGACCUUCACGCAGCCGCCCGCUCCACGGUUCACGCUCCGCUUCGGGCCGUCGCCCAACAUCACAACGUAUGAUUCCAGAACGCGACUUCGUCCCUCGAGGCCGAAGACAACAAUCCCCUGAUUCUCCCGACAGUGUGGAAUCGGAUGAAUUUACUCCUCACUCUCACUAUGACAGACCUCCACCCGAUAGGAGAGGGUGGCCCCCAACAGCUACUGGCCCUGCUUAUGCUCAUAGUCAGUCCUCUGGUCCAUCUUACAAUGCCUACCCACCUGCGCCUGGUCACCCUCCUUAUGCGCAUCCCAACCCCCAAAUCACCUCUGAUUUGAUGAGAAUCGGUCACCCCAACCAAGCGCAGCCCCCCUUAUGGGACACCUUCGCCCUACGGGUACAAUCCUCAGUUUCCACCCCCUCAUGGCUCUCCUAUACAUCAUUUCUUCCCAGAUCAAUCCCAACAACGGCAUAUGCCUCGCCAGCCACCUCAGCCGCGGAACGAUUUGCACAAUCCACAGGCGCAUAUGCCACACCCCAUGGCGCCCCAUGGCGCCCCCAGCCCUUAUGGGGCAUCUCCUUUCCCGUCGCAUGA